AUGAGAGCCAAUUGUUCCAGCAGCUCAGCUUGCUCUGCCAACAGCUCGGAGGAGGAGCUGCCCGCGUUGCUGUGGGCACAGGGGAGCCUUGAACUUGUUUUCACGGUGCUGUCAGCUGUGAUGGUGGGGCUGCUCAUGUUCUCUUUGGGAUGCUCCGUGGAGAUCCAGAAGCUGUGGUCGCACAUCAGGAGACCUUGGGGCAUCGCCGUGGGACUGCUCUGCCAGUUUGGGCUCAUGCCUUUUAUAGCUUAUCUCUUGGCCACCAGCUUUGCUUUGAAGCCAGUGCAAGCCGUUGCUGUUCUCAUCAUGGGAUGUUGCCCAGGGGGAACCAUCUCCAACAUUUUCACCUACUGGGUUGGUGGAGAUAUGGAUCUCAGCAUCAGUAUGACAGCCUGUUCCACGGUGGCUGCCCUGGGAAUGAUGCCGCUCUGCCUUUAUGUCUACUCCUCAUCCUGGAAUCUUCAGCAGAAUCUCACUAUUCCGUACCAGAACAUAGGAAUUACCCUGGCGUCCCUGCUCAUUCCUGUGGCCAUUGGUAUCUACGUGAAUUACAGGUGGCCUAAACAGUCCAAAAUCAUUCUCAAGGUUGGGGCCAUCGUCGGUGGGAUCCUCUUCCUGAUGGUCGCAAUCGCUGGUGUACUGCUGGUGAAAGGACUUUGGAACUCGGAUGUCACCCUUCUCACCAUCAGUUUCAUCUUUCCUUUGAUCGGCCAUAUCGCAGGCUUUCUGCUGGCACUUCUUACCCACCAAUCUUGGCAAAGGUGCAGGACGAUUUCCUUAGAGACCGGAGCUCAGAAUAUCCAGAUGUGUGUCACCAUGCUCCAGCUGUCCUUCAGUGCCGAGUACUUGGCCCAGAUGUACUUCUUCCCGUUGGCCUAUGGACUCUUCCAAGUGCUGGAUGGAUUUCUCAUUAUCGCAGCAUAUCAGACAUUCAAGAGGAGACUGAAGAAUAAACAGAGAAAAAAGACCCCACAUCGUGCAGAAGUCUGCUCUAAGAGGAAAUCCACGUCUUCCAAGGAGACCAGCUCUUUCUUGGAAGUGAAAGAAGGUGCUGUAACUCCCGGGCCAUCGGGGCCAGAGGAUUGCCACACAGCUCUUGAGGCAGCUGGUCACCUCUCUUCGUGUGAAUAGUGGGGACUUGCUGGGUAGCCUGGGUUCCUUCCACCUUAGUGGCCAGUAAAGACAGCGUGGAGGUGAUGUGUGAAUGUCCUUGGUAGAGCCUGUGUGAAUAAGUGUCAAACGUUAGAUGACUUACA